GCGGCUGCGGUCUUUUCCUGGAGCGCAAGUGGGCGGGACCUGUCGUCCGGACAACCCGGGAGCGUUUGUUCACAUAAUUUCAGCUUCGACUCUGCUGACUACGGCGGUGGAACUUGACUCCUAAUGGGUCCUAAAGCAAAAAAGUCUGGCAGUAAGAAAAAGAAAGUCACCAAAGCUGAACGAUUGAAGCUGCUACAAGAGGAGGAAGAGAGACGACUGAAAGAGGAAGAGGAAGCCCGUUUGAAAUAUGAGAAAGAAGAAAUGGAAAGGCUUGAAAUACAACGAAUUGAGAAAGAAAAAUGGAAUCGACUUGAAGCAAAAGAUCUAGAAAGGAGAAAUGAAGAACUCGAAGAACUUUAUUUAUUAGAGAGGUGUUUUCCUGAAGCAGAGAAAUUGAAACAGGAGACUAGAAUGCUUUCUCAGUGGAAACACUACAUUCAAUGUGAUGGGAGUCCUGAUCCUUCAAUAGCCCAAGAAAUGAACACGUUUAUUAGUUUGUGGAAAGAGAAAACAAAUGAGACUUUUGAGGAAGUGAUUGAGAAGAGUAAAGUAGUGCUAAAUUUAAUUGAGAAAUUGAAAUUUAUUUUAUUGGAAACUCCACCGUGUGAUUUGCAAGAUAAAAAUAAAAUACAGUACCAAGAAUCAAUUCUACAACUGCAGGAGCUCCUUCAUCUUAAAUUCAAUGUAGCCACAGAAAUACUUCUCAGACAAGCUAGUACCUUGGCAGACCUGGACAGUGGAAAUAUGGAAAAAGUCAUUAAAGAUGAAAAUGUUACUCUAUAUGUGUGGGCAAACCUCAAGAAGAAUCCAAGGCACAGAAGUGUCAGAUUCUCUGAAACACAAAUUGGAUUUGAGAUUCCAAGGAUAUUAGCAACAAGUGACAUUGCUGUACGACUCCUGCAUACUCACUAUGAUCAUGUUUCUGCACUGCACCCUGUUUCAACACCAUCAAAAGAACACACUUCCUCAGUAACUGAGCUUGUCAAAGAUGAUGUUGAGAAUGUAGAAAAAGCAAUCAGCAAAGAGGUCGAAGAAGAGUCCAAACAACAAGAAAAACAGUCUCACUUAAUUCAGGAGGAAAAAUUAAAAGUUGAGGAGGAACAAGAUGAUAUUGAAGUGAAAAUGAGUUCUGCUGAGGAAGAAUCUGAAGCCAUAAAAUGUGAACUAGAGAUGAAAGUAUUAAGUGAAACUGUUUCAGCAGCACAGUUGUUGCUGGUAGAGAAUUCUUCUGAAAAGCCAGAUUUCUUUGAAAACGAUAUGGUGGAUUUAUUCCAGUUCACCACUCUGGGUGGAGUAUACCACUUGGAUAUUUUGGAGCUUCCUCCACAGUGUAAACCAGUGAAGGGAUGGAUGAUUGUGGAAAUACUCAAAGAAGGAUUACAGAAAUACACAUAUCCUCCAGAAACUACAGAAGACUUUGAGACAGAAAAUGCUUUCCCACCUAUAGAGGUCACUCUUGAGGUUCAUGAGAAUGUCAUCUUUUUUGAGAAUCCUAUGGUUGUAAGGUGGGAUGCUGAAGGUAAACAUUGGAGAACUGAUGGCAUCAGCAAUGUAUCCUACAAACCAAACGAAAGACUUAUAACAUUCAGCCUGGACACCUUUGGCCCUGUUACCUUGAUUCAAGAUGCUCAUAUUAACAUGCCGUACCAGUCAUGGGAACUAAGACCACUUGAUGUAAAUAAAGUACUUUUAACUGUGACUACAGUAUUUACUGAGAUUCAGAUACAAAUUAAGGAAAACCUCUGCAUGUUAUCUUCAGUCAAACUGAAAGACAAGAAACACAUCUCUAUUUUGGAAGGAACAUGGAUGACUCCUAUUCCUUUCAUUAUUGCUUUGAAAGAAGCUGGACUGAAUAUUUUUCCUACUAGAUACUCUCAUUUUUAUGUUGUUAUAAACAAUAAGGCAAGAAUGAAUCUUUCCAAAUUUAAUGUGGUUCCUCUGGUAGAAGUGAAAGCUUAUCGACAGAUGGCCCUACUAAGUUCCACUUUUGCGUUUGGUUGGAGCAAGUGGAACCUACUAUGUAAUUCUACGAAAGUUGUAUUUAAGGUGAGGGAACACCUUCCUGAAGAAUGUACUGAGAAUCCUAAUUGGGCCCUUUUAAUGUUUAGUGGUGACAGAGCACAAAGACUCAAGAUCAAGGAAGAGAGUGAGGCAUUUUCUGAAGCACUUAAAGAAGAAACUGAGUUUCAUUCUACUUUAUAUCACAUGGUGAGGGAUUUUGCUUCUAAAGAAGCAAUGGAGAAAGUCAGGAGUUCCAACUGUCAGUUUGUCAACUCUGUGUGCCACAUGCUGCUCUCUACCAGAUUGCUCAGCUACUCCUAACCUCCACUUACAAACUGUAUUCAGUAUGAAGAACCAAGCAUGGUGAAGACAGGUAUUUCUGCAACAGAAUGUAAUGAGUGAAUGAAUACAUUUCACAUCAACUAUUAAAAUUUUGUAAUCAGCAUUUUCUACUCAAGUUUUAUUUUAAACACAGUAUGGCUUUUUUUCCUUUGAAUACUUGGCCUGUUAAGAAUUUCAACUUUCACUCUAUGAAGAUUUAAAUGAUUCUUUAUUUCAAUAAACUUUAACAAACAAUAUAUAAUAAAAGCUCAUUCAAAGAUCA